AUGUCCUUCUCCUAUGCGGCUCGAUUCGUCGCGCAGACUGCGCCGAAAUCACCGUCACAGAACCCCUACUGCGUCCCAGCUUCCUUGCCACCCGAAGCACAGGCAGACGCGAAUGGCGUCCAGCCCUUACCAGAAGACAACCACACUGCCACUCCACGCGAGGCAUUCAUCGAGAACUGGAAAUCAGACAAUUUCGGGCGCUUCGUGGGCGCCUGCAGAGCCAUCGUCGACGAGCUCGCCAUGGCCCAGCCGCCGGCAAACGGUUGGGAUGAGAUGUCGCCCUACGAGCGCGUCUUCAAGCAAGCCGUCUGGCUAUGGGGCCAGAUAUUCCCGGAGGUCGGGGAAAUAGAGGACCUUGAACAGCAGAUUGGGUUGGAUACACGCCAGGACACCCGCGAGCCUAGAGACCACAGCGCGAUAGAUAGAAAUGGCCCGGCUCAUGUCCCCGUCGAGUCGAUGAACACCAUCAUGCGAUGA